GGGGCGGUGAGAUCACGUGGAUAGGUUAGUAUCCGCCAAUUGUUCACGCCCCCCAUCCUUGGUGAUCGGUCUCAUUGUCUAUCGCGUUUUCACAUCCAAGGCACAAAUUCAUUACCUCACUAUCUAUGGGAGCCUGCCGAUGGCAUUCUAAUAGAUCUUGAGGGUAGACACACCCAUCUUCCAUGUAUCUGGGCUUAUGUCGAGUCAGACACUCGCGGGUCAAGAGCGGCAGCGCUCCCGCCAAGCGUGUGUUCCGUGCCGUCAGCGCAAACGAAAAUGCGACGGGUCGCUUCCAUGUAACACCUGCUCGGGUUAUGGAUACGACUGCGAGUACCAAGAUGUCGCACAGCAAAGGUCCUCAAAACGCAGGGCUACCUCCGAAGGGUCUUUGCCACAGACAAAGUCUGUCCGUCUUUCCACUGAACCUGGCGAUAACCCGGCAGUCCCGUCUCAGCAGGGCAUCCUGGAGCCGUCGAAACAACGCUAUGUCGGUAGGCAGUCAUCGGUCGCAUUCCCGCUAUUUGUCGGGCUGGAUGUGCAGGCGGCGGAUCCCCCUCGUCUGCAUUCCUUUGCGUACAAUGCGGGCAUCAGAAGGGAGCCUGAGUGUGCAGUGAACUUCCAGGUAGUUAAUCACGUCUCGUGGGAUACGGUUAAGAGUCUUAUUGAAGUCUACAUCUCGACAAUCCACCCCGUCUUCAAAUUUCUCGAUGGGGACCGACUUUAUAAUCAAGGAGAUGAUCAUUGGCACGGAAAACCGCAGGGAUCGAGUUUCGAGGCUGUCAUCAGUGGUGUUAUUGGGCUAGCAUCUCUGUUCAAAGGCACACUGGGCCAGGAAAUAGAGAUGCGGAUUGUACGACAUGCAAAGGAUAUAUUGGAAGAUUACUACGUUGCUCGUUCUCCCUCGAUCGAACAAGUGGCAGCGUGGAUCCUGCGGACGAUCUAUGUCCGGACAACCAGUCGGCCACAUAUCGCAUGGCUCUGUAGCUGUACCAUGAUGCAUCUGGUUGAGGCAACCGGCAUACAGCACGAGCCAGGUUCCAUCGUCCUACCCGGAACCGGGACAUCUGGCUCAAGUAGCCAGCAAGGCUAUGUCAAACGGAUAGGACAGGUCGCAGAAUGCUUGCAUGUGCUGAUUGCCUACGAUUAUGGCAGAUCUGUCAUGGACCUCAGCCUACAUACCCAGGAACCGGUGUGCUUUUCCACGCCUGAAAAUGAUUUUACCCCUCAACUGUGCCAAUUGGUUCAAGCCAUGCCGGUGAGCAACAUGACUCGGGACUCCGUUGUCGGGUCUCAGCUAUUAGUGCUCGCUUUAGAGAAGGUGGCAUCCAUCCACGUUGACCAUGAUUUCCUGAUGUUAGUACGGACCGAUCUAGUUUUCUGCUUAUAUCGUCGUCUUCGGCUGGUGAAUUUCCGUUUCCAACACGAGCAGCUGGAUCAGGUGAUUGGCAGCGGAAUGGCUGCCCUGGAAGCAGCGCAUAGGCUUCUCGAUCAUGGUCAGCCCUGGUGGAAUGUUUUGGGCACCGUGUUCCAGUUCGUUUGCGUUCUCCUUGUGAUAGACACACCGGUGAGCCUUACAAAACUUCCCGAGUCCACGAAAGUCUUGGAGGUGAUUGCGGACCGUCUAAACACGCAUCUGGCGAACGAGGCUCUUACAACUGCGAGAAAGUUGAUACGUGCCUCGAUGGAUAAGAAGCGAAAGGGCCUGAUGUGCCUUGAAAGGGCUCUGGGAGGUGGUAGCGAGCUUGCCACGGAUAAUUCAGCAUAUCCUUCCGUGCUGGCUGAUGCACCUUUCGAUCCAUUUUCACAGCCUUUACAAGGUCCUUUAAUUGAUCUGGACUUUCUGCUUGACAUGGACUUGAUGCAUUAACCGAGAUCUACUCAACUCUAGGAAGGAAUAUCUACAAUCUGUAGGAUAGGGAUUAUGGUACAUGAUAACGGCUGGUCGUCUCAAGACUUAAACAGCCUGCUUUGGUUGACAUCUCUUCUGAACACAGUUGCCUCGCCUGAACCGAGUGACCAGCAUAAAACAUGUUGCGAGAAGCACACCCAAGCCAGCCAGGCCGACACCCAUAUACGAGGCACCCCGAU